GUUAUCAGAACCUUUCGACGAAAGUUAGUGAAGUGUUUUUGAAGCGAUCUAUUGUAGAUAUAUGUGAGAGUGCCGAAUCAUUCAGUGCCUAUAUUGAGUCAAUGCCUUGGAUUGUGGUACCAUUUCAACAAACUGCAGUGAGAGCGGAAUUAGCUCAACUCUACGGAAUACGAGGUAUUCCGACAUUGCUGCUAUUGGACAGCAACGGCCAUAUAAUAACUAUGGACGCCAGAACUGAGUUGGCUGAAGAUCCUUUGGCACAGUACUUUCCUUGGAAACCGAGACCUGUAAAUAUUUUAACUGAACGAUAUUUAACAAAACUGUAUGAUUAUCCAGCAGUAGUCCUUUUUGUAGAUGGUGAAGAUACAGAGGUUCAAUUUGCUGAAUCCGUACUAGCUCCUGCGGCUGAAAACUAUUACGAAACAAGUAAUAUAAACUUCAGUUCUGCCCAAGAAGAUUUCUUUUUAAAUAUAGAAGAAGACCCAUAUCUUCAGUUUCUCAUCGGCGUAGACAGCGAAACAUCUGACAUUCUCAGAGACCUAAUUGGACUGGAUGACGUAAUGCCGUUAUUGGUUGCUGUCGAUUUACCUAGAAGGAGAUUCGCUGUCAUGGAGUAUGGGUUGGAGAUCAACAAUGAAAGUGUGAAUGAGUUUGUGAUGAAAUUGUUGAAGAACGAUCUCAGUUUUAUUGAUAUUACGGAGGAUAAGGUGGAAGCAACUAAAAAUUGUUGAAGACUUGUGAUUUGUUGUUGAUGCAAGCCGAUGAAUUACCUAUUUUAUAGUAGAUAGAUUUUGGUGUCUAGUUAUACAAAUACAUUGGUUUGGUGUUUUCAUAUCUUGAAGAACUCAAUUUUCCAGUUGUUGAAAAAAGCAGUUGUCAUUUGAUGAUUUCAAAUGCUUUAUUCAAUUAUUCAGCUGUCAGUGGGCCUAUGGGCACAUUUAAACUUAGCCUGUCCUUUAUAGAAAUGAAUGAUAUCAUGCUCGUACUGAAAUAAGGAAGGAAAAAUGAGUUAUAUACUUCGAUUUGAUACCUUAAAUUAUGUUUUUUUGGCUUCGAGUGCAGAACAAAUAAACAAAUAAAUGUUUGCACAUAAAGGGAAUGGAUUUCCUAUUUUCAGAAAACGAAAAAAAAUAUGAAAGGCUGGCGAAUGUUUUGAAAAGACGUGGACUACUUUGUACCGUUCAAUUCGUUCCAUAGUAGGAUAAACUUUUUUUACCAUACCGGUGUUAAACUUAAACAAGAUAUUUUCAUAUGAAUAUGAAAUACCUCAACUGAAAGAGGAGAAAAAUCACUAUCUAUAUCUGAACAACUAUCACUGAAAUCAACUAAAAAGAGUUGAUUUCAGAAUUCACCAUUUAUGAUAACACUAUUGUGAGAUUUUCACUGGAUAGUUUAUAAAAUCGCAACACGUUUUUUGCUAUAUAAUAGCUUCCUCAGGCGUGAAGUAAAGUAUGAACACGGCAGAGGACACUAUUGUGUAGCGAAAUACGUGUUGCGGAUUGGUAACUGUUCAGUGAUAAUGUCAUAAUGAAGUUUUACUGGUACUUGAAAACUUUAUGAAUUUCCAUCAAGUAUCGACCAAUUCCAUAGCAUAAUAACUUAAUUUUUACUUGUGUGCAGAGUGUUCUUGUAGUUGAUCCUACACAUUAAUGACACAAAAUAUUCAAGGUAGAAACUUUUCGUGUUUGCUACAGGAGAUCUAAAGUGAAAAAAAUUCAAAUAACUUCUAAAUGCAUAUCAAUAAGGAUUGAAUUAAAUAUUUUCCAUUUUAAAAUCUCAAAUCAUUCAAAAUUAAUGAAAUAAUAAAAACAAAUUUUGAAUGUUGGGAACUCUUUUUCUGAAAUUUGCAUCUAGUCAUUAACGUUGUGUAU